AUGCCAUUGCAACUCUCGAAUUUCUUAGUAUUCGGCAUUUAUUCGAUUUUAUUACUGGUUAGUUGUAAUCAACAUUUGAAGUCCACAUGGUGUUGUUUGAUCAUUAUGAAAGCAGGAGUUCAAUCACAAACGAAGAUCAGCCACAUCUUAGUUGCAGUAGAGACGGCAUUUCAAAAAAUUGGUUAUUUUCCUGUUCAGGUUAAGAAAUUAGAGAAGAAGCUAAUUGAAUUUUCUACUUCUCGUUUCAUUAUGAAAGAAACAAUUGCCUUCUACAAAUAUCGAAGUAAGAAUUGA